AUGGCACAUCCAAUCCGCCCCGAGAAGUACGCAGCUAUCGACAAUUUCUAUACAGCCACCGUCUACAACAAGGGUGCUGAGGUGAUCCGCAUGUACGAGACCUUGCUGGGCCGCGAGGGCUUUCGCAAGGGCAUGGACUUGUACUUCGAGCGCCAUGAUGGCAGCGCGGUGACCUGUGACGACUUCCGAGCUGCCAUGCAGGAGACACUUCUGGAAAAGGAUGCGAAUGGCCGUGAUCUUACCCAGUUUGAGCGGUGGUAUUUGCAGGCAGGCACACCAACCGUGAAGGCCACCGAUUCUUGGGAUGCGGAGACGGGAACCUAUUCGUUGACACUUGGGCAGAAGGUCCCAGACACUCCGGGUCAAGUGGAGAAGUUGCCCAUGCAGGUAGGGCUUUUGGACCGGGAGUCGGGGAAGGAGCUUUUGUCUGACACCGUGCUGGAGCUGACAGAGGAGUCCAAGACCUUCGAGCUCAAACUGGAGGAAGGUGCGACUGGCAAGCCUGUUCCCUCGCUGCUACGAGGGUUUUCGGCACCGGUGAAGCUCGAGUAUGACUAUAGUGACGAGGAGCUCUCUUUGCUGGCGGCCUUCGACACAGACUCCUUCAAUCGAUGGGAGUCCAUGCAGCGGCUGGGGUCGAAGGCAGUUUUGGACGCCUUUGCUGCAGAUGAUGUUGACGCCUUCCAACCUGAUGCUGGGUUCAUGGAUGCCAUGAAGCGGAUUGUGCAAGAUCGGGUCACCGAGGACCUCUCCCUGAUUGCCUAUGCACUGAUCCUGCCAGCGGAGUCCACGCUGAUGCAGGAGGCCAAGCCCCCCAUCGACCCCACGCGGCUCCACGCUGCCAGGAACCGCAUCCGCAAAGUGAUCGCCUCGGAGCUCAAGGAAGAUUUGCAGAAGCGCUACGAGGAGUUGACGCCGCCGGAGGACGAGCCCUAUGUCAUUGAUGGUCCAAGUGCAAGCAAACGCCGGCUGCGCAAUGUGCUGCUGGCCUACCUUUGCACCUCAGGAGAUGCCAAGGCAGCAGAGCUUUGUGGCAAGCACUUCAAGAGGGCCAAGGGCAUGACAGAUAAACUCGCGGCGUUCAGCUGCUUGUGCAAUAUGCCAGACUCAGAGGAGGCCAAAGAGGCCAUCGAACAGUUCUUGGCCGAUGCAAAGGGCGACGCCAACGUGAUUGACAAGUGGUUCGCUUCACAGGCACGAGCGGAUGUUGAUGAUUUGAUGCCUCGUGUGAAGAAGUUGAUGGAGCAUCCAGAGUUCUCUUUGAAGAAUCCCAAUCGAUUACGCUCAGUGGUCAGCGUCUUCAUUUCUUCACCGCAAUUUCACCUUCCAGAUGGCUCUGGCUAUGACUUUGCCCUGGAGAUGAUCCCCAAAGUGGAUGCAUUGAAUCCCCAGGUUGCUGCACGCAUGGCCAACGGUGCCUUCAGGACUUGGCGGCUUCUAGAUGAGCAGCGACAAAAGAUGAUCCAGGAGCGAUUGGCGAAGCUUACUCAGGCCUGUCCAUGGCAGCAUGUCCAAAAGACAAAGAGAUUGUAG